GGGGGGCGUGAAGGGGGCGUGGCGGCUGUGAUCGCGCGCGGGGACGACGCGGCUCUUGACGUCUGGGCUACGUAUGGCGGCGGUGGCCAGUGGGCGCCCUGCGUCGCUCUGACGAGGCGGGAAUUGAAAGGAGCCUAAGAUGUCCGAAGGCCAGCAGGAGACAGCGAUAUUGAGCACAAGUGAGGGAGAGACGCUCGUUACAGUCACGCAGGUGUCAGCAGAGGAAGUAGCACAGGCAGGCACCACCACAAUGGCGUUGGUCCAGCUUCCCGGGGGUCAGACCGUGCAGGUGCAGUCAGUCAUUCAGGCUGCACAGUCCUCUGUCAUCCAGUCGCCACAGAUACAAACCAUCCAGGUGGCCACAAUUUCAGAUGGCGAGACAUCGCAGGAGUCUGGAGACAGCUCCUCGGACACGCAGAAGCGCAGGGAGAUCCUCUCUCGACGGCCCUCAUACAGGAAGAUCCUGAACGACCUCUCCUCUGAUGCGGCGGCUGUCCCGAAAAUUGACGAGGAGAAGGCAGAGGAUGAUGGCGCUUCCACAAAUAACAUUGUGACCCUGCCCACACCCAUCUACCAGACCAGCACUGGCCAGUAUUUUGCCAUCGCUGGCGGUGGUGCAAUACAGAUCAACGGGGCAGAGGGGCUGCAGGCACUCACCAUGGCCGGUGCGGGAGGGCAGCAGGCGGGCGCCACCAUUGUGCAGUACGCGCAGACCUCCGACGGGCAGCAGUUCUUCAUGCCGGGCAGCCAGGUCGUGGUGCAAUCGGCCUCAGGCGAGACGUACCAGAUCCGCACGCCUUCGGGUGGCAUCCCACAAGGCAUGGUCGUGGCAACGUCGCCCGCCUCCAUCCAGAGCUCGCAGGGGGUUCCCGAGGAGGGCACGCGCAAGCGGGAGGUCAGGCUCAUGAAAAACAGGGAGGCGGCACGUGAGUGCCGCCGGAAGAAGAAGGAGUACGUCAAGUGCCUGGAGAACCGCGUGACCGUUCUCGAGAAUCAAAACAAAACCCUGAUCGAGGAGCUGAAAGCCCUCAAAGAUCUUUACUGCCACAAAGCCGAGUAGCCCGUAACGAGGCCGGGAGCUGGGGAAUGUGGGGGCGGAGCUCUUUUUAUAUCCGUUCAUGGGCACUCAGGCCGCUUUUUUGUAUCCAGAGUAAAUAAUACAUCGUUACUGCAUUAUGAUCAUAUUCACAAAUUGGUGUACUUGGCGAGGCAAAAUCUCGUACAAAUCUUUAGCCGAGUGAUCAGUUGUGCAUAACCUAAUAUAUUGUACGUUUUAAUUAAGGCAUAUUUAUCAGCUGCAUUAAAAAUAUUAACAACAAUUAGGCUAUUCAUUGUUGUUAAUAUUUGCUAAAUAUGGAUACCAUUUUUCUGUCUUGUCUAAACAUGCAAUGUUAUUUCAAGACUUUAAUCGUGUGUGCUUUUAGGAAGAAAAAAGAAACUAGUGUUAACUUUAUUCACAGUAGACAAUUGCACUGAUUACUGAAUACGUUUUUUUUUGUUUUCUCCCUGUAGUAGCGUGUAGCCGUGUUGCUUUUAGCUCGGGGUCCCAGUGCGCACCAUCCAAGACCCUGCUUGCUCUGCGUGCCCGUGCUAUCCCGCAUGGUUGUUUACAGGAAGGUGUUAGUGUGCCCAGCACGUCCCCACGUCUGUGAUUGACAGGGAGGAAGGAAAGUGAUAGGUCGCAUGGCAUGUGUGUGCGCGACAGUUCACUUUGCUUUUCCAAGGAAGGCUUCCCUAGCUCACGGAGAUGUGUUUUUACGACGUGGUUAUUUGUUGUUGGUGUAGAUAUGAUGCACCUAAGCCACAUAAUGGAAGCCUCUGCUGCAAUGGCAUGUAUAUAUGUAUGUAUAUUUUGGUGUAUUUUCCUGGAGUCCAUCGGGCCCAAUGUCGAUUUGUCCUUGCCCCGUGCCGUUGUGUUUGUGUGUCCACCAAGCCCUAGCAUGUCCGUGGUGCGUGUUUGUGUACGUGUGUGUCCGCGCACGUGCCACCUGCUACCCAGGGAUGCGGCCAAGGAAUGCCGCCGGCGUAAGAAAGAGUAUGUGAGGUCCUUGGAGAACCGCGUGGAAGUGCUGGAGGUCCAGAACAAGCAGCUGCUGGAUGAGCUGUCGGGGCUCAAAAACCAGUUCCGUUUGAAUCCUGGCAGCGCUGGGCAGUGAAGUUGUCCGUAGUUGCGCGACCUCGCAUCGAGCCCGCAAUCACCCGGAGUCCAAAACAACGCUUCGAGUUGUCAAGUGUGAACUUUAUUUAUUGAGUUAAUUGGAAAUAUCGUAUAAGUAAACAACUGACCCUGAAUAUUACAAUCAUUCUUUUUGAAUGCCUAAAAUCAAUAUACGUGUGUAUUAUGGGUUCUAUGGAUGUGUGGUUUGGCCCUGGUAAUUGACUGGAAUUCUUGUACAGAUAUCAGAAUGUGGGAUAAGAAACAUUCCCGGCUUGCAUACAGGGGUGCCGGCUGCGUUAUGGUUUCAUGGCUUUAUUCUGAGGAAUUGGUUACGUGUGAGGCUUACCCAUAGCGCACUUUGUUUUGUAUACAUUUUAGAGCCAGUAAAGAUGAAAAAAAAAUUGCAUUUGCGGUAAAUUGAUUUUAAUUUGCGUAAAUGUAAAGUUUCCAAAGCAUCUAUUUACAGAAUGCCAAAAAUGAGUCCAGGAACAUCUGACACAGCUCUUUUUGCGCAAAGGGUGGAAAACGGAAGACCAGUCCCAGUUUUAAUUGAAAUUGUCUUUUAGGGCCUAAAGGGCAGUGAUAUAAUUUCAGUCGAUCGUUGGUGGCAAUUGUAGCUGCAAUGUACGAUGUUUGUGGACAUUCAUAUGCCUGGCCUGUGUGUAGUAACAAUUGGCAUUUCUAGGCUCCAUUCUCAUGAUUUUCCCAGGCGGGGGGGGGGGGGGGGCGUUGAACUGUGGGCGUUGAGCCAAAGCCAUGCAUAUAAAUAGGAGGACAAUGGUUGGUUCUAUGUUGCCCUUGCUCUGCAUUCCUUCAUGUCCACGGUGACCUUUUAAAAUUUGGUGUCGUUUUAAGUGUUGACAAACACUGGAAUUGGUAAAAAAUAAAUUCCUCCCUUUGUCAGUAGCUAAUAGAACGUAUGAUCUGUUACGUUAAAAGACUCGUAUUUAUUUUAUUCUCAAUUUCUGGUUUUUGCUGUAUUUUGUAACCUGGCUUAACUUGUACCCAUUUUGUACCGCGUAUUGCUUUUAAUACAAUCCUUUUUGUGAUGAGGGGGGUCUGAUGGCGGUAUGCGGGUGGGUUUAGUGCUUGGAGUGUGCAAACAACAGUUGUCUGCUUAGAAUGUGGAAGUGAGCAGUUGUUUCGUCAUGGUGUGAGGUGACGAUAGCGGGUAAGGUCUCGGUGAAUGAGUGUCGUUUAGGGUGUUCGAUUGAGGGGUGCUUUGUCUCGGGGUGUGUGCGGCUUUCAUCAGGUGUAUGUUCACGAUGCUCACUGGGAACUUAUUGUCCAGUAAUGCCAGACUUGGCUGCCGUAAUUUUGAUACUGGCACAAAAUUCCCAUCGAUAUAACUGCUCAACUCGAGCUAUUCAUGUUUUGAUAGUUGCAUUGCCUUUGGACUGUUCGCCUUUUUUUGUUCUCUGGUCUAACACUGGUGGUGAGACAAGGCCAUAAGAGAAGACUGUCUCUGGUGUAGGCCAAUCAGUUUCAAAGACAAUAUAUUAUCACAUGUUUUGCCA